AUGUCGAACCAAGACUAUCAAUAUUUCAAGGUCACUGUCCCAGAACCAUGGAUCGCCCACGUGGAGAUCAAUCGGCCAGGCCAAGUGAACGCCUUCUUGGAAGAUGGAUGGCGUGAAAUGCGAACCGUCUUCGACCGUCUCUCCACGGACCCAUCCGUUCGUGCGAUUGUUUUCUCCGGAUCUGGGGAGAAGGGAUUCUCGGUUGGUAUCGAUCUCAGAUGGGUGUCCGGCAACGAUUCACCGUUUAUGGUUGGGCCAGGAGAGGCUGUGGACCCCGGCCGACGUGCAGUCACCACGCUUCGGAGAUUCGGGGUUGAGUUCCAGGAGUGUAUCUCGAGUAUUGAGAAGUGUGAGAAGCCGGUUAUCUGUGCAAUGCAUGGCUAUGCAUUAGGGAUGGCCAUGGACGUCUGCUCGGCGACGGAUAUGCGCAUCUGCUCCAAGGACACAGUUUUCUGUGUGAAGGAAGUCGAUAUCGGCAUUGCCUCUGACAUUGGGAUUCUGGCACGACUACCCAAGGUCGUCGGGUCAUACACCUGGGUCAAGGAUGUGGCGAUGUCCGGUAGAAACUUCGAUGCGGAUGAGGCGCUUCGGGUUGGGUUUGUGAGCACUGUUCUCCCAACGAAGAAGCACGUGGUCGAGGAAGCCUUUAGGGUUGCGAGGAAUUUAAGUGGGAAAAGCCCGGUUGCGGUACAGACGAUCAAGCACUUCCUCGAUUACAGCCGAGAUCGCACUGUUCCCGAAGUAGGCGCUCUGAAAAUCCGCAAAAUACUACCACCGAGUCGCAAAAAUGCAAGCAGACACGUCCGCACUCUCGCAAACAUCCAAAGACGAAGUUCUUCCUCCAUCGUAUCUACAUUGCUUGACCUUCAAGACCACGGGAUAUUUGACGAACGGGAUGCUGCUUGGAUCAAGAAGUUGGAGAUCCUUUAUGUCAACUCUUCUAGCCAAAGCCGGAAGAGGCGCUGGAAUGGUGAGAUAGUUUGUGACAAUGAUGAACAGAAACAGCUCCGGAGAGCACAUGUCAAUGCAAGCUAUGAGAGGAAAUAUGUCGCUGUAUCUUAUACCUGGCAAGCCCUUCCAAGCCAGCUGAGCUCCCAUGGCUCUUAUCUGGUACAAUCGCGGGACGGGAGAUAUGCAGGUGUUAGUCAAGUCCGAGAUCAGGUGCUGGAUAGGGUCAUCGCAUAUGUGAAUUACCUCAAAGAGACGAAGGGAUUUGUUCGGGGUUUCUGGAUCGAUCAGGAAUGCAUUGACCAAAAGAACGCAACGAUGCAGCAGCGUGCCAUACAAUCCAUGGAGUACGUGUACGCAAAUAGUGCCUUCCCAGUGGCGCUACUAUCGGUGCGAAUCGAAUCAGAACGUCAUUUACAAGACUUAAUAUACAUCCUUGAGAGAAAAAGCCCAACGAGGAACCAAGAGAACGGCCGCGUCCGCCGCGUUCUUAACCUUUUGGAUUAUAUCACGUCUGAUCCAUGGUGGGACAGAGGUUGGACUUUCCAGGAAGACUAUUGCUCGUCAACAAAAAUGUGCCUUUUGAUUCCUCAUUCUUCCACCCUAGACAAAUUCAAAAAGAAAUACAAGGGGCUAUUUGGGAAUUUGGCUGGAGAGCUUUGCAUCAAAUCAGUCGACCUCCGCUCUCGAGCGACCGAAUUUUGUAUGGAUUAUCGACAGGAUCCACGAUACAAGACCAGGUGCGAGAAAAUUCUCGACCGAGCGGCAAAAUACAAUGUUCAGCUUCUAGAGCCAGAUAACGAGGGACACCGCACUAUAAGGCGGUCCAUGUCUCCACUGGUAUUCUCAAAUGUCGGAAAGCGAAAGAUCACGGUUGAGUCGGAUCGUCUGGCAGUGAUUGCCAACUGCUUAGGCUACUAUGAUCGAUUGAAUACCAGACAAAUGGACCGAAAAAGAUGCAGUUUGAGCAUGGCGAUGCUGCUCUUAUACUUACUGAACGGGGAAAUCCUCAUGAAUGGCCCGGAUAACUCUCGAGAUGCAGCGAGAAGUAAUAUAUUCGAUUACUUGAAGGGCCAGUCUCUUCGCACCUUUCAAACACCGGACGUUAAUCAAAAGCUUACCUUUAUCAAAAGUUGUCGUUUCCCCGACGUCCAGUUCUCAGAAGAAGGGAUUCUAACGUCUGGUCACCUCUGGCGCUUAGGCAAAAUAGUCAGCGACCCUAGGACAACGGGGAGACCACAUGAAGGCCGCGAUUAUGAAUUGAACAGCUACCAAAGAAUGCGUCUGAGACAGCUCUCUAGACAUUUGGGUUCAGGGGACCAUCAGGUUAUUGCCAGCGCUAUUGAGAAAUACCUCGACGAAGAUAAAAGGUGGGGAGACAAGGACAUCACAUUUUCCAAGUACUACAAGGACCUCAUGGCAGAGGAAAUUGUCAAGGCAAUGGAUGACCGAGGCUCAGAUCGCCUUCGGCUUGGCUUGUUAAUCUCUCAGGAUAGCCGCUUCGGUGGUAAUCCGUACCGUGGAGUUUUCACUAGAGAGGCAGGUCACCCAUGGACAGGAGAAGAAAAGUAUAUUUUCACCGCAGUCCGUUCGGAUGAAACGCGUCCAGACGGCAUUGAAAAGCAUGUCUCUUUAGAGGUUGAGUUACUGAACUCACCAAGAAAUGGCCCCAAACGGCUGAUUAUCAAACGGUGGAUUAACGGGUUGUUCUUUUUUGAUGGAUGCCCGAUUACCAAUGUUGUCUUUCCGUGGCCAAAAUCUCUCCUGGUUUAA